GCAUCACUGACCGGUGCAAACUGCGAAUCUUCAUCUGGUUCUAGCGAACACCCCCAAGUGACUAGCGCUGAUAACGAUCGUCAACUUGUGGUCAUCUGCAUGGAUAAACAGGCUUAUGUGCUCUCAUUGCCGUCACAAACCUGUUUUGCCAAAGCCAAGGUCACAGAGACAAGCAGUGUCUUACAAGCUGAGGUGUUGCGGUUGAAGCCAAAUAGCGGCACUGGUACCGGUAGCCCUGCUUGCAACUCUUCUUCCGGAUACUUGUCUUCAGCAGCUAGCUUGAGCAUCCCAUCUGCACUCUUAUCUGCUUCUUCUGCCUCCACUUCCACUAUCGUUUCUUCAUCUGCCGAUUUUUCAUCCUCCACCCGGAGUUUUCUUGCUUGCUACCUUGCCAACGGCCACCUCUUACUGUUCUCUCUUCCAAGCCUACGCUGCUUGGUUGAUGUCGAUUUGGUUGGCCAGCUCAUCUGUCCUGGAUCGAUCACUUCAAACACUGGUAUCAGCGGUGGAUCUUCUUCUAGCCCCUUAGUUCUGGUGCCAUUCUCGUUGGGAUCAUUCAUCGCCUUCGGCCGAUGGGGUCAAUUGGUUUGUCGUCUAUCGCCCUGUGAGAUAGCCAAAGUCACUUUAUCAGCUGAUCUUUAG